AUGGCAGGAGGUGUUAGGGCCGUAGUUCUAUUAGCACUUUUUGGCGUUGUGGGUUUGACUUUGCUUGUUCUUGGAUGUGCGCUUCCUAUGUUUGGGAAGUGGUGGCCACUUUUCGCGAUAGUUUUUUAUAUUCUUUCGCCUUUGCCGUUAUCAAUUGCACGACAUUAUCAAGACGACUUGACUGGAACUUCUGCUUGUUAUGAGUUCGCGCUUUUCGCAACUACUGGUAUUGUUGUAUCUGCGUUUGCAUUACCGAUGGUUCUUGCACACGCUGGAGUUAUCAAAUGGAUGGCCUGUUUUUGUGCAGAUCUUGGCUCCGCUGUUAUGUUUUUAACCAUAUUAAGUUAUUUCUUCAUUCAUAGAGAUGACAACGGUUCUGGUUGGGAUCAAUCAAUUUUCGGAUAG